AUGUCUGCCAAAGGAAAGGUACUCCUCGCCUACUCUGGCGGUCUGGGUGAGUCAUGUCUCCUGGCUAUUCACAUCGCCCCAUAGUUGUCAUUCGCCAAGUCGAUGUGCGCAGCCCGCUCAUUCAAGUAUUCCUUUCUCGCAGAUACCUCUACCAUUCUGGCUUGGCUUAUCGACGAAGGCUAUGAUGUCGUCGCCUUCAUGGCCAACGUCGGGCAGAUCGAGGACUUUGAAGCAGCUCGCACAAAGGCGAUCAAGUGCGGAGCCAAGGACUUCAUUCUCGAAGUGAGCUCUGGGGGCCGAGGGCAGCCAAGAAUAUCUUGCAUUGAUCAUCCCGAAACAAAUGCUAAUCGUGCUCCUACCUCGCUCCAUUCAUCUCCUCCACCACCCUCAGGACAUGCGCCGCGAAUUUAUCGAAGAGCUGAUUUACCCUGCAGUGCAGGUCAAUGCGAUCUACGAAGAUGUAUACCUCCUCGGUACAUCCUUGGCUCGCCCAGUCAUUGCUCGAGGAAUGAUCGAGAGCGCUGCCAAGACGGGAUGCCAAUACGUGGCUCAUGGCUGUACGGGCAAGGGCAACGAUCAGGUCAGAUUCGAGCUGGCCUUUUACGGGCUCAAGCCCGACAUCAAGGUCAUUGCACCCUGGCGCGAUGCCUGUGAGUAUAGAUCAAGAAAGGCUUUUCGACGCACGGAGUCACGAGCAUACACUGACUUGAAUCCCUGACCUUGCUACGCCCGCAGCUUUCUACAACCGCUUUGCUGGACGCUCGGCGCUCUUGGAGUAUGCCGCAUCCAAGGGCAUCCCGGUUGCCCAAACCAAGGCGAAGCCCUGGUCUACUGGUGAGCUGCUGAUCGGAGUCGCUGUAGGGACUCUGCGCCUGCUUAUACGAGCUUCUUUGCCCCUCCUCGCAGAUGAGAAUGCGAUGCACUGCUCCUACGAAGCAGGUGUCUUGGAGGACCCCGUGCGUAUGGAUUGAUAAAGAAAGUGUGCUGUGACACCCAACGCUGACUGUUCUCCAAGUCAUUUCAUGCAUAUGCGACAGGACCACACGCCUCCUGAGGACAUGUGGGGCUUGAUCAAGUCUCCCGAAAAGGCACCGGACACGCCUGAGCAAAUCACCAUCACGUUCACCAAGGGUCUGCCCACCAAGGUCAAAAUUCAAAGCAGCGGAAAGGAAGUGACGGACUCUGUCGAGGUGUUUGACACUUUGAACCUAUUGGCUAGGGAACACGGUAUCGGCAGAGUGGACAUUGUCGAGGUGCGGCGACCAGGAUUUGAAGGUCGGGACAGCAAUGUCGAUUGAGCUGACGCGCGCCUUUCGAAAUUCCUCUUCACCUUUUUCCAGAACCGACUCCUGGGUCUCAAGUCCCGAGGGUGCUACGAGACUCCAGCUGGAACGAUUUUGCGCACCGCGCACAUCUCUCUGGAAGGUCUGGUGAUGGACAAAGAGCUCCGCAAGCUUCGCGACUCGUUCUUGUCUCGCAGCUUCAGCCAGCAGCUGUACGACGGGCUUUACUACUCUCCCGAGUGCGAAUUCGUCCGAUCUGCCAUUCCCGCAUCACAAAAGAAUGUGAAUGGAGAUGUGAGGCUGAAGCUUUACAAGGGCAACACGAUCGUCGAGGGCAGAUCUUCUAGCGAGACGCUGUACAGCGCCGAUGCCGCUAGCAUGGACGUCGUCGAGGGCUUCGACGUCGAAGCUGCUGGUGGCUUCAUCGCUACUUCCUCCAUCCGACUCAAGGCGCAUGGCCUCAAUCAGACUAGAAAGGGCCUCGGAGGCGUGGACAAGCAAUCCGCACAUGCUGGAGGAAAGUAG